CCAAGCCCGGAAGUAUUCUCCGGUCUGAAGCGAAGAUCAUGGCGCCAGUCGUACGGGUGACGGCCGUGGUGUCAGGGACAACUAGCUGGGAGAUGUUAUAAUGUAAACUGCUGCCAUUAAGACUUUUCCUACUUGUGUCUUGCCCGCUGGCCCAGACGGCCAUCUGAAGAUAUGAUGGAAGAUAAAGGUCCCCGAGUUGCCGAUUACUUUGUGGUGGCUGGAUUGACAGAAACCUCUAAACUUCUGGACCAUGAUGCGGCUCGCUUGGAGACCAAAGCAGAUCGCCCCAAAGCUCCAAUUACAGAUCUUGCCAUCAUCAAUCGGACAGCUGGUGAGGCAGUACCAGAGGGUUACACAAGUAUCGAACUCACACCAAGUGGCCUUCAGGCAAAUCUCAAUCAUGGGAGUCUAAAGAGUCCAGAGCUCUUCAUUUGUUACAAACGAGAGAAAGGGAAGGCACCACUGAUAGAUAUUGGAGUGCUGAACGAGGGGAAAGAACGCCUUAUGUCUGGCUGUGAAACCAUUCAGGCAACUCCAUACGGACGCUGUGCUAACGUCAAUAAUAGCUCAGCCAGCUCGUCACGAAUAUUCAUCACUUAUCGCCGGGCACCGCCAGAUCGCACUCAGAACUCUUUAGCAGUUACAGACAUCUGUGUGAUCAUCACUAACAAGGGAGAAACUCCCCCUCAUACCUUCUGUAAGGUUGACAAGAACCUCAACGGUGGAAUGUGGGGAUCUAGUGUAUUCCUGUGUUACAAGAAGUCUGUCCCAGCAUCAAAUGCCAUAGCGUAUAAAGCUGAUAUGAUCUUCAGAUAUCCAGAAGAAAAUUAUGAAUCGUUUGCUCUACCCGAAUCUGUCCCUCUUUUCUGCCUUCCUAUGGGAGCCACAAUUGAAUGCUGGGCUCCCAAAAUAAAGUACCCCCUCCCUGUGUUCUCCACUUUUGUCUUAACUGGUUCUAAUGCUGACAAGGUAUAUGGCGCUGCUAUUCAAUUUUAUGAGCCCUACCCCCGAGAAAUGCUGACCGAGAAGCAGAUGAUCCAGCUAGGGCUCAUUACAGCAGUUGAGAAAAAAGUGAUGACCUCUAACAUUAUCAACACCAACAAAUGUAUCUGUCUGCUCUCCCACUGGCCUUUUUUUGAGACGUUCCGCAAAUUCUUAAUGUUCAUCUACAAGCUCUCAGUAUCCGGCCCACACCCCCUUCCCAUUGAAAAACACAUAUCCCACUUCAUGCACAAUAUUCCCUUCCCAUCACCUCAGAGGCCAAGGAUCCUUGUUCAGCUAUCUGCACAUGAUGCUCUGGUUCUCUCUCAGCCUCUGUCAACCCCUUUGCCUUUGAGUGGUGCGAACUUCAGUACAUUAGUGAUGAGUUUGGGACCAGAAAACUGUGCAACGUUGCUGCUUUUUGUACUGCUAGAAAGCAAGAUACUACUACACUCUCUUAGGCCAGCCGUUCUGACUGGAGUAGCUGAGGCCGUUGUAGCGAUGAUAUUCCCUUUUCAGUGGCAAUGCCCUUAUGUUCCUCUGUGCCCAUUAUCUCUGGCAGGAGUGCUCAAUGCCCCAAUCCCUUUUAUUGUCGGAGUAGAUUCCCGAUUCUUUGAUCUCUCUGACCCUCCACAGGAUGUAGUCUGCAUUGACUUGGACACAAGUAUGAUCUACAUGUCAGAGGAUAAGAGAAACUUAAGCUGGAAACAGCUUCCAAAGAAACCAGUUAAGAACCUCCUCAGUACUUUGAAAAAGAUCUAUCCCCAACUAUUGACAGUCCACCGACAAACUCAGGAGAGUGCAAUAGAGAUGACUCCUAUCGAAGCAGACUUUUCCUGGCAAAAGAAAAUGCGUGAGCUUGAAAUAGAAAUUCAAGAGGCAUUUCUCCGCUUUAUGGCAUUAAUACUGAAAGGUUACAGAACAUACCUGAAGCCUAUCACAGAGGCACCAUCAAAGAAGGCCACUGCUGUAGAUUCACUUUUUGACCGCCAAGGUUUUCAGAAAAGCAGGGAUCGUGCUUACAUGAAGUUUUACACACAACUAAUGAAAACGCAGAUCUUCAUCCGUUUCAUUGAAGAGUGCAGCUUUGUCAGUGACAAAGACACCAGCCUGGCUUUUUUUGAUGACUGCAUUGAAAAGCUGUUUCCUGACAAAGGCAAUGAAAAGGGGGACAAGGUAGACCAGGAAUUCCCUGAAGAUACCCGCUUGAUAGAGCUGGAUGAGUCGCAGAAAAGUGAACACACCGUGUUUAUAAUGCCACCUGAGCCUCUGCCAGAGGAUGGGCCUGAUCCAGGUCCAAAAUAUAGCUACAAAAGCUUUCCAAGGCUUGAUUAUGCCCUUUUUGAUCGGACACGUGAGCAGUAUCUCACAUUCAAUGGAAAUCCAAAAACCAAUCGAGUAUCAAGUAGCCCUACCUUUAUUGCUAAAAGGACCAAGCAGGAGAUUAAAGCUGCACAUAAAGUGGCCAGGAAAUACAGCACCAAUGCCAGCAACUGGCCCAAAUGCUUAUUCAGCCAUUGUUUUAGUCUGUGGUUCGUCUGUCUGCCAAUUUAUGUCAAGGUUUCUCAUUCAAAGUCUCGAGCACUCCAGAAGUCUUAUGAGGCGUUAGUAAAAAUGAGAAAGACUGAGGUGGAUCCACUGGAUGAGGUUUGUUACAGAGUUGUAAUGCAGCUGUGUGGUAUUUGGGAGAACCCAGCUUUGGCUGUAAAGGUCUUGUUUGAAAUGAGAAAUGCAAAAAUUCAACCCAAUGCCAUCACAUAUGGCUACUAUAACAAGGUUGUACUAGUGAGUCCAUGGCCGAGCAGUAAACGCAGUGGAAAUUUCCUAUGGACAAAGGUCCGGAAUGUGGUACAAGGUUUAGCUCAGUUUCGAAAACCGGUGAAGACAAAACUGGUCCCUAAAGCUGUGUCAGUAUCAGCUCCUCACAGUGCUACAAGUAACAGUGAUGUGGAUAUGGUGAGCCAUCUUGGCGUGGAUAAUUCUAAUGAUGCUAACUCUGGGGAGCACACUGUCUUCGUGCGGGAUCUAAUCAGGCUUGAUUCUACUGAUAACCACCCUAGUACAGGUGAUCAGGUCAGUGAGGAGAUGGGACCCAAAGAUGAACUUCAUAAAAAAAGCACUUUAAAUCACGAAGACCUAGAAGCUAUGACAGAAACAUCUUCUUCACGGUUGAAGCACCAUCCAGUACAAAAUGGAAGUACACUUCAAUCUGCUGAUGUAAUAGCAGUACAUUCUGAUGGCCAAAGUGAAAUGCAGUUGACAAUCCCUGAGGUUAGAAGUCCACCAGAAUCUCCUCCCUGUGGAAGCAGCAUUGUUAAAGUGCCCUCUGGAAUAUUUGAUGUUACUGGGAGAAAAAGCAGCAGUGGGAGUGUACACAUUCCACCGCCCACAGUUCAGGAUUCUGGAGAUGACUCUGUGUUUGUCAGUGAUGCUCAGGCUAAGAAGUCUGGAGAUAAAGCCCAGAAGAGACAAAAGAUGUUCGCUGAGAGGAGCUGCAGCUUUAGUACAGACAGUCGUGCAGGCAUGAUGCUAAAGAAAGGUAGUCUUGAAAUGUCUACUAAUGAGAUUGCAAUGAAGAUGGGAGCCGAUGCCAAGAUACUAACUGCAGCAUUAUCAAAGACACCCCCCCAUCCACAGACUGGCAAGGAAUUUAGUUUUGAUGGCAUUGACAGCCCAGCUCCUAGUCAGAAAGCUGAUUCAGGAUGCCAAGCCACAGAGACUCCAGAGAAUGUCUUGGGUCGGGAAAUGUUUGACCCCUUAGCUACUGUUAAGGAAGAAACAACAUCGGAAUCAUCAGAGUGUACAAAUAACACCGAGAACCAAAACCUGACUUCUUCUGUGAAGGACACAGAUGAACCAAACAAAAGAAACAGUUCUUAUGGCCUUCCCAAAGCAGUAGAAAGAGAAGGAGUAGAGAAAGGGCUUGAUCCAUUAUCACUGCUGGCUUCAGCAUCUGUGGAAGACAUUUCUUACCCUGCCGAGGAGAAGAUCAUUUCCCCUGUUGUAGCACGUAACCUCGCUGAUGAAAUUGAAAGCUAUAUGAAUUUGAAAAGUCCCCUUGGGAAUAAAUCCUCUAGUAUGGAACUUAGAAGCAAAGAUCCUGCUAAGGAAAAUGCGAGUCCUAUCCAAGGCACAACUGAAAGGAGAUCUAGCUUGCCUGCUGACUCCACACCCCCUUCCGAUGUGCAGGGUGAAAAUCAGAAAAACUCAGUAUCCAGGUCCAAAACAUUUACUGCAACUCCAAAACACCACCUAAAAAACCAAAAGGAGCGGUCUGUCUCACUAACUGCACUUGUCCGCAACACUCAGCACGGUUCACUGGGUUCAGUGGUGAACUCCCUUCCUGGACUUAAGUUUGACAACCUUUUAACCGGGCCCAAAAUGGAUGUGCUCAAGUCUAGUAUGAAGCAAGCAGCCAAUGUAGCCAGCAAGAUGUGGGGGGCAGUGGCAUCUGCAUACAACUACUCUGAUGAUGAGGAAGAAGUUAAUAAAGAUGAAUAUCCGUUUCCUUUGAAUAUUGAAGAACAAGAGAUAGGCGACAACUUUGCUUCCAAGACAGGCUUCCAAAGACUUUCUUCAAGCAGCUUGAAUCAGAGCAGCACCAGCCUGGGCAGCAGCAGCAGUGGCGGCACAAGCAAACAGAGCUGCACCAAUAGUGAACCUGCACUAGGUAGAGGGAUACGAGGUUUGGAGUCGGAGAAGUCAGAACAUGGGUCAUCUCAAAAUACCAGCUUAUCAAGUAUCUUUCAGAACUGUGCAAUGGAGGUCCUGAUGUCUAGUUGCUCGCAGUGCCAGGGCUGUAAGGCCUUAGUUUUUGAUGAAGAGAUCAUGGCAGGAUGGACUGCUGACGACUCGAAUCUAAACACCACAUGUCCUUUCUGUAAAGUCAUCUUUCUGCCUUUUCUAAACAUUGAAUUUAAGGACUUGCGUGGCUCCAACAGCUUCUUCCUCAAGCCAAGUAACUCAGGUGACAGCCUACAAAGCAGUAACCAUCAGUCGACCACUGAGACUUCUCAGCAUCAGAAGACAUUGGUCCCUCCUUCCAAUGAUCUCAUUAACUUGUCAGACUCUCCACUGACGGCGGCAGCACAUUCCAGCAAACCUACUGAAAACAGUGAUGGUGAGGACAAACUGAAGCAUUUGGCCAGUGACAGUGCAACAAAGAGAGGUGCAUCAUUGACAAGGAGUCACAGCGUGGGAGGACCUCUCCAGAAUUUUGACCUACCCAAGAAACCUUUGCAUGGGGUGUCAACUGUCAGCUUACCGAACAGCCUGCAGGAAGUGGUGGAUCCUUUGGAAAGGAGACACAAUCCUCCCCCUGUUUCUGUCCCAUAUCUUAGUCCUCUUGUUCUCCGAAAAGAACUGGAAUCUUUGCUGGAGAACGAGGGUGAGCAGGUUAUUCAUACGUCAACUUUUAUAAACCAGCAUCCGAUCAUCUUCUGGAACCUGGUAUGGUACUUUAGGAGACUGGAUUUACCAAGCAAUCUGCCUGGACUUAUCCUGACAUCAGAGCAUUGCAAUGGAGGGGAACAGGUGCCACAAUCAUCCCUAUCACAAGACAAUAAACUCGUUUACAUCCAGUUGUUAUGGGAUAAUGUCAACCUUCAUCAAGACCCUGGAGAGGCUCUCUAUAUAAAAUGGCGCACCUUAGAAUCUAUAAAGAAGACAGGAGCUGCCAUACCAAAGGAGUUACAAGAUAUCAGUCACUUACUGGAGAGCAUCACUCUCAGUAUCCAGCACAAUGAUGUUCUUAGACCUAUCAGUUUAUUGCUGCAGAAAUAUACUUCGGCCAGCAAAAGGCAAAGGAGUAUCUACAGAGAAGUACUGUACCUGUCUUUGGUCGCCCUGGGUCGAGAAAACAUUGAUAUUGAGGCCUUUGACAAUGAAUACAGACUUGCCUAUGAGAAACUCCCUUCUGAUCUGUUAAAGAGAAUGCAGAAGAUUGAUAUGCCUCCAGCCAAGAGUGUUGAGUGCUGUCGGAAUGUCUUUGGGGCACCCUUGAUCUGAUCACAACUUUCAGAAGAAUUCUUGGUUAUCAUUCCAUGGGGUUCAUUCUAGCCUUACACAUUAUACCACUGCAAGUCAUAAUGUGUGUCUAUCAGCCCCCAACUGGGAGGACUGGAUACACUUCCAUGGACGCAUGUGAUCCCUCCACUGUUGUUUUUAUUCUAGCUGUUGCAUUAUGGACCUAGGUGGAGUUGUGACUACUUCACUGUUACUUUUGGCACCUUACAGUUUGUUGGUUAGGAUUACAUAUUUACCAUGCAUUUCAAGUGUUGGAUCCUCUUCAGAAGCACUGCAACCAGUGAUUGGUACACCCUACUAGGAGUACAUGUCUGCAUGAACAUUUUUGUUUAAAUAUGUGCAAGCAAAUUAAUGCUUAGGUAUAACCGGUGAAAUGUAAGUUAUCUGUCACACUGCCAACUAUGCUCACCACAUGUAUACAUGAGAGCCUUGAGUAAGUAUAGAAAACUUGAACACGUCCGAGUUCUCAACUAUGCUUUCCAUAUUGACUUGUUUGAAAAUGCUUAUUUUUCAUAAAUGGUUUCAUGUAAUUCUGCCAACUCUAUAGAACCUCCCAAAAUUUCUUUAUACAUGGCACUUUUUAGAGGGACAUGUUCUUCCUAUCUUUGACAAUCUUCCAAACACUUGAUGAAUAUCCUGGUACACCCAUGUUGGAGCCAGGGACGUUUUAUUCUUUCAGGUGACGCAAACAGAGAAUUUUCCAGAGGAGUAUUUUCUGUCUUGCAUUGUAACAUCAUUGUUUGAACUAAACAAUUUUUUUUUUUUAAUUUUAUGAAAGAUCAUUGUUUAAAUUAAAUCGCAUUAUCAUGUUUGAUACAUGAUGUUUUAAUGACUGUCGUGCCUUAUAUCUCCUGCUGUCUAUUAGCAGGGGGCGCCCACCAAAUUACUGACCUUUCCAAAAAUUCUAAGCACAGUAAGGUAAUAUUUUCUAGGUUAUUGCCAAUUUAUGACAUGUAAACAGGGGGGAAAAGUUACUGUUGGCCAUAAAAAGUUCCAUGGUUUUUGGCAGUCUGACCUAAGCAAUCCUCUUGUUGACUGUAAAAGCACCAUACUAUUUUCCUAUGAUGAUGGGAUAUUUGGUUGAUGCACUGUAAUAAGUGUUUUAAUAGCAAAAUAUUUUUUUCUGAUGCAUAGGUCAAAAUUGCUUAAUAGUUCAGGCUGAUUUUUGGGGCAGUUUGUUAAAAACUGUUCUAAUCAUUAAUGAAAAAAACAUCUGAUUAUUCAGAUCAUUAGGCUGGAAUCUCACAUGCAGCUUUUGUUGCAAUUUUUUAGGCAAGUCCAGAAGUGGAUUCAAAUGAAAGGGAAAUAAAAAGGAAUGGCUUGGACUUCUCCCUCCUGCUGGAAGAUCUGCAUCAAAAACCGCAUGUGUGUUUCUAUCCAUAUAGCCAGUCAGGGUUAGAGUAAAGCUGCCCAUAGACAUGCUUAGCUUGGAUGAAAGAGAAUAUUAUUUCUGUUGAGCAGGGGAAGAGGAGUAUGUUGCCAAACAGUUUAGGUGCUGCAGGCAACCAUCUCAUCAGACAGAAAAAUAGAACUUGUCCAUUGUAUUUUCUCUCACAACUAAGGGUAUUUUCACACUUGCAGCAGAGGAAUCCGGCAGGCAGUUCCAUCGCCGGAACUGCCUGCCGGAUCCGUCAAAACGUAUGCCAACUGAUAGCAUUUGUAAG